GCUACUAUAGUGUUUGAAAACGGAAGGGUCAAACUAGAAAUCCCGGAAGAAAAUGUGGCACAAAUAUUUACUGUAAAGGAAAUAGAAACAGAAGAAAUUCCUCAGGAAAUAGAACAUGCAGUUGUCCCUUGGGUGUGGGAGACCGGGGUCCCGGGCUUAUCUAAAGCAGCAGUUCCAGUAGUGAUAGAACUUAAAGAAGGAGCACAACCAGUACGAAUUAAACAAUAUCCAAUUAGUUUAGAAGCGAGAAGGGGGGUAGCACCUCUAAUUGAACAAAUUAUAGUUCUUGGAAUAUUAAAAGAGUGUGAAUCAGAAUUUAAUACACCAAUCUUUCCAGUCAGGAAACCAAAUGGGAAAUACAGACUAGUACAAGAUCUCAGGGCAGUCAAUCUUUUAACCAAGGACAUUCACCUGGUGGUUGCAAACCCAUAUACCUUGUUAACAUCUGUUUCUGAGAAAUUUCAGUGGUUUUCAGUAAUAGAUUUGAAAGAUGCAUUCUUCUGCAUACCAUUGGCACUGGAGAACUGGCACUUUUUCGCCUUUGAGUGGGAAAAUCCCGACACGGGGAGGAAAAGACAACUUACCUGGACGCGUCUACCACAGGGAUAUAAAUCUUCGCCUACAAUAUUUGGUAAUCAGCUAGCAAAAGAACUUGAAGAGUGGAAGACAUCACAGGAAGAGGGAGUCCUGGAACAUGACUGCAUGGAGACAAUCGAGCAUGUCUAUGCUAGUCGAAAGGACUUGAAGGAUGAACCACUGGAGAACCCGGACUGGGAACUGUUUACAGGUGGAUCAAGCUUCGUGGAAAAUGGAGAUCAGGUCUACGUGAAGAAUUGGUCGGUAGAACCACUGAAGGAAACAUGGGACGGCCCCCGCCAGGUGUUGAUGACAACCUAUACAGUUGUCAAGGUCGAAGGCAUUGACAACUGGAUUCACUACACGAGGGUCAAGAAGGUCCCCGUGCAGUGGGUUGCAGAAUCCAUCACGCCGACCGGAACGGUGUUCCGGGCGGUCCAAUAA